AUGUCUAAAAAGAAGACAGACGUUGCCGAAGAGAUAAUUAGACGUGCAUCUGGAUAUAUUCCUGCAUUCGAAGAUGUUUUUACUGAAGAAGGCUUUUACAUUUUCUUUGCUUGUCUUGCCGUAACAACGUUUUUGAUUGUAUUUACAUGUGCGUAUUUCUUUGACGUUACUAUCACUGAUGCUGGCGAUUUUGCUCCACGUAGUCAGAUUAAGAAACCUCGAAAGAAGAAACUUCCAACUUAUUCUAGCUGA